ACUAGAGCCCCCAAGUUUUCCGGGGCAGGGGCUGCCGCCUGCGCCCCGCUGGGUGCAUUCCUCUGCUCUGCUUCUCUCUGGCGCUUACAGUUUUAGUAAGAUUGGGCAAGUUCUAAUGGCGGACCUGGAGGCUUUCCCCAAAUUCCGGACCAGCCUCGGCCCAGGGGUCCACUCGCGAUGUGUCGUGUCCUGGAUGACGUCAGGCGCCCGGGUGCAGAGCUCCCGCGCGGAAGCACCGCACCAGGCAAAAUCGGAUGUUCAUUCCCUGAGGAUGGCUAUUCUGGAAGGCAAACAAUUAUUGUUUCAGUGGCCCAUGUGCUCUUAGCCUGCCUAGCCGAUGUUAGGUUAUUUGGUAUGGAUGAACCACCGAUGGGAAGAUUUGACUUGACUGACAACACUCCUCCUCUAUUAGGGAAUACAGCAGUGACUACUAGUCUCAUGGAUGCAGGGAAUUCAUGUGGUCCCAUUAGUGCUUUAGGCAGUAGAUCUAAAAAUCCAUCAAUGGAAGAUGAUGAUGAUGUUGUAUUUAUUGAAUCUAUACAGCCUCCAGUUUCUGCUUCAGCAAUAGUUGAUCAAAGAAACUUAGUAUUUACAUCAUCAAAACAUGAAAAGCCACAAGGAAAUUGUUCCAUGAGUCUGCCUUUCUCAAGAGAUUUGACAUUUCAGAAAGGAAAUAUGUGUGAGACAAUUAUUAUUGAUGAUGAGGACAUAGAAGCAAGUGGAGGGGAGAAAAACAGAUUGUCCAGUUUUACUGAGUGGGGACUUCCUGGAACUAAAAACAGUACCAAAGAUUUGGAUUUCUCCACAUCCAGUCGUUCAAGAAGUAAGACCAAGACUGGAGUAAGACCUUUUAAUCCUGGUAGAAUGAAUGUGGCAGGAGAUGUACUUCAGAAUGGAGGAUUUACAACACAGCAUAAUCCUGAUUCUUGGAUUUCCCAGUCAGCAUCAUUUCCCCGUAAUCAGAAACAGCCAGGGAUGGAUUCUCUAUCACCAGUGGCCUCACUUCCCAAACAGAUUUUCCAGCCUUCUGCCCAACAGCAACCUAAGCCAGCUAAAAUCACUUGUGCAAACUGCAAAAAUCCUUUACAGAAGGGACAAACAGCUUACCAGCGGAAAGGAUCAGCUCACCUCUUUUGUUCAACUACUUGCCUUUCUUCCUUCUCUCAUAAACGUACCCGAAAGACACGAAAUGUAAUGGGUAAAAAAGAUGCAGCUACAAAGAAGGCUACUGUUCCUCCAGUGGAAUCAAGCAAAUCUUUUCAAGGAUUUUCUAAUACAUCUUUGUCUCUCUGUGAAGACAAUCAGCAUCUUAAAAAAGGAGUUUUUAAUAAGUCACGAUGUAUCAUUUGUAGUAAACUGACAGAGGUUCGCCAUGAAGUCAGUGUUAAUAAUGUAACUCACAAGCUGUGCAGUAACCAUUGCUUUAAUAAGUACAGGUUGGUUAAUGGUCUAAAAAUGAACUGCUGUGAACAGUGUGGAGUGUACAUGCCUGAUACAAAUAUGGGAAACAGUAUCCUGAUUGGAGGUCAGCAGAAGAGGUUUUGCUGCCAGUGUUGUAUUAAUGAAUAUAAACAGAUGAUGGAAAUAAAAUCAGAAACAUUAUCAGCAUCAGAAAAGAGGAAAAGGAGUAUUGUAGGAGAAGAAAAUGAAAGUAAACUAUAUAGAUCAUUAAAUACAUGUUUAGAAAAUAUAGAGUGUGUUCCAGAAAAAAAAGAAAAGACUUUAGAACAAGUUCCUAUAGAAUGUAGCCCAGAUAGGUCACUGAACAAACAGAGUGUGAAUUUCCCUUAUUCUGAGUCAGCCAUAGCUGAUGAAUUUCAGAAGCAACUUGAAGACCAAAAAUCAGAAGACUCCUGUAUGCCAGUUGUGCUUUCUGCAGACCCAGGUACAUGGCCCCGAGUUUUGAAUAUUAAGCAACGGGUUUCUCUUGUUGAGAAUGAUCCACCUCAAGUAAGAAAUGUUGACUUUCCAAAAGACAACACAGGGAGGAAGUUUUCCGAAACUUACUAUACACGAAUUCUCCCAAGUGGUGAAAAAACUACUAGAUCCUGGUUACUUUAUUCAACCUCUAAAGAUUCUGUGUUUUGCCUAUAUUGCAAACUCUUUGGGGAAGGAAAAAAUCAACUGAAAAAUGAGAACGGGUGCAGGGAUUGGCAGCAUUUGUCACAUAUUCUUAGUAAACAUGAAGAAAGUGAGAUGCACCUCAACAAUAGUGUUAAAUAUUCAAAAUUAAAAUCUGAUUUGAAAAAAAAUAAAACCGAUGAAGCUGCAGAACACAAAUUAUGUGAAGAUAAAAGAAAUGAUGAUGUCCUGUUGUGGUACACAUAACGUACCUAAUUUAGUUUCUGUCAAUAUUCAAGAUCUGUCCCAUGAACCAGUAUCCUUCUGUUGUGACAGUAAUGAGUACAACAGUUCACUAGCAGUAAGUGUAAUAACAUAAAUAGUAAACAGUGUUCUUAUUCCAAAUGUAAAAUUAAUUGAAUUCAAGUCAUCUCAAAUUUUAGUAAAGGCAGUUUUGUAAUAUUUUUAAUUUGUCAGUGCUUCUUGCAAUUGGUGAUUGAGAACUACUAUUUAAGAAUUUUAAUUAUAAAGGCCAGGGAUAUAGCUCAGUAAUGUAAGCACCUGCCUGGCAAGUGCAAGGUCCUGAGUUUGAUUCCUGAUACCGCAAAAAAAAAAAAAAAAAAGAGUUUUGAUUAAUAUUCUGCAUACUACAAAACAGGUGUCAGGUGUAGUGUUGCACUCCUGUAGAUCCAUCCUGAGGCAGGACUCCUUUGAAUUUGAGGCCAGUCUCAAUUAUGUAGCAAAAACCCUGUCUCUAAAAAAAGAAAGCAAAAGAAGGAAAGACUUGCCUUUAUUAAUACUGAUUGAAAAGAUACUUUCAUGAACAUUUCAGCAUUAUUAGGCUUUCAAAUGGUUUUAAGAACAAAAAUGAAAAUCUAGAACUACAGUUUUUUGCUAUUAAACCAAAUACUUGUGAUUUACUUCUUUUGAGCAGAACUGUUGGCAGGUUGAUGGUGUUGAAGGAGAUUGAAUCCAAAGUUUUUGCACUGAGCUACGUUACUACCCCUUUUUAUGUGGUUUGUUUAUUUCAUUUGGUAUUUUUAAGGCAGGGUCUCUAUAAGUCAAUAAAUCGCUCAGGUUUGGCUCAAACUUGAAAUCUUUUGUGCUUCAGCCUCCCCAAGUGCUAGGAUUGAAGGCAUAUACCAUGGUCCCUGGCUAGAGCAAAAUAUUUCUAUUUGAGCAAAAAAGCAUUGUUGUAUUAAAGGAUAAUUUGCAUUUAUUGAUUUUAUAUUUUUGUUUUAAUUUAAUUUGUAAAUGUUAUGGCUUUUAUUGUAUUAAAAACUAUGCAUAAAGAAUAUAUGCUUACUCUUAUAUUGGUCCAAAUAUUA